AUCAACACGCCCUGCAUCUCAGUCUGUGCCACCAGCAUCAACACGCCCUGCAUCUCAGCCUGUGCCGCCAGCAUCAACACGCCCUGCAUCUCAGCCUGUGCCACCAGCAUCAACACGCCCUGCAUCUCAGCCUGUGCCACCAGCAUCAACACGCCCUGCAUCUCAGCCUGUGCCACCAGCAUCAACACACCCUGGAUUUCCACCCUCACUUCCACUGCCCAGAUAUGACCAAGAAAUGAUUCACUGGAACUGCUCUCAACAGCAAAAGGUAUGGAUGAAGAUGGAGCUGGAAGCCAUGGGACUGUGGCCGGGAAGUCCACCUGUGAGGCACCUUACUAACUCUGUCUCUUUGUGGCGUCUACCACCUCAGCCUGAGCUCAUUGAGACUGCCUGUGGGCUUCCAUCCCCCAAAUAUUUCCAGCUACAUCCAUUCUUCAUCUGGAAACCAGAGAAUGACAGCAUCAUGGGAAGGCUGAGAAACAAUUAUGUUCUCCCAUGUCUUCACAGUUGUUCUCGACCACAGAUAACUUCAUCAGGUGUAGGAAGGCCUCGAGUGGUUGUUGGCAUUGUCAAUCAAUAUUACUUGUUUGCAUCUCGGCUUUGCUGCAAAGCAUGCAAAAGGAAUUGGUUUGCUGACAAUCCUCUGUGGCUGGCAAAGCUCCCUAAAAGGUAUACCAACAUGUUGCCAGCCCUCCUUACCUACAAGAAAGCGAUCUGUAAAUCUGUGGUAGAUGAAUUAAGACGCACUGCAAAAUCCCCAAAUGACAUGGCCAAUCAGCUGAUGGAGAUGAUGCACCUAAAGUAUGAAAGAGCAAACCUGGCCUACCUGCUAAGUGUGCAGAACAUCAAGGAUGCUGAGGCAGGGUUGUAUGGUCAGAGCACCAUCAGCAAAUACCUGAGGAGGGACAGUACACCUGCUGCAUUUGGGGGGUAUGAAGACACAGACGGCUGGUGUGGAAUGUCUGUGUCGUCAUAUUACCUUACAGACUGUCUUCUGCAGGAGUUUCAGAGGCAGGAGCCAUCAAUCACGCAGCUCUUACAGGGCACAUUUGGACAGGUGUUGAGAUCCGACCACACCCGGAAGAUUGCCAGGAAAGUCACUCUUACAUCAGGCACAAUGUCAUCUUAUGCUGUGAUGAACGAGAACUGGAUGAUCAUCUCUUGGGUGAUGGUGCAGUCCGAGAGUGAAAGGUCUUUGGAGCCCAUGUAUGAAGGUCUGGCCACACGCUACACUGCUGCUGGAAUUGAAAAGGCCAAUUACCAUUGGGUGGACAGGGACUGCUGUGCAGCCUUCAGGGUCCAGAAUUCUCAUCCAGCUGAGCACCUUUUGAGGGAAGCCUGGAGGACUACAGAGGCUACUGUUGCAGAGGUGACAUCCGGGGACUUGACCAACAUCUGUGCUUCGAGGUCAAAGUUUAAUGAGUUCAUCUCUGUAAAGCUGGACUUGUUCCACUGUAUGAGACGAUUCUGCCGGGAGUGUGUCUCAGAGCAUCAUUCCUUAUACAGCUCUUUCUGUCAGUUCCUCUCGGCUGCCUUCACAAUUGUGGAUCAGCAGGAUCUGAAGAGACUGAAGGAGGCCUAUGUCUUCUGCGGGAUCGUGCCAGCAAAUCCAACAAAGCAGCAUAUCCGGGAGCACUGCAGGACAAAGAUCCCUCAGCCACGAGAGCUUGUGAAGAGAGUGGAAGAAGUUCUCCUUCACUUCCACCUGUUAAAAGAUGUAAAUGACAUCCCUCUCUUCAAACCGUCCAUGCUGAAAGCCUGGAGGAUCCAGCGAGUCCACAUGCUGAGGGGCUGUCUCAGUGACCCAGAACGGGAGGAUGGGAUUCUGUACAGAUACGGUGGCACGCUGCAACUCAACCAUGUCCAGGGUGAAGGGGCAUCUGUGCCCGUGUGGAUUCCAAUCAGAGGCACUUCACAGCAAGAGGGCUACCACUUCCACCAGGCUCAGUGGGUGACUGGGAACAAAGUCUCCCCAGAGUUAUUUCAGGCCCAGGGUAUGACUGGUGUGGCACGCUGGAAUUUCCAGAGAUUGGUGGAUCUCAAACAGCCGGGUGUGGUUUUGCCUGCAGUGUUUGACCCACUACUGAUCACAGACUUGAACAUGGCCUCUGUGAAUGUGACGGGGAGCGCCAAAUAUCCAGCACUACAAGUCUCCAACAGGGACACGGGAGAGAGGUUUGGACUCGAGUACGUUGAGCAAGGGUGCCGUGCUGUUCCUCUCGACUGGGAAAAGCACAGAUCUCAGAAGAGGACAGACAUGUCCGUAUUCCUGACCCCUCUCCCUGUUGAGAAAUGUCAACCCUCAGCAACACAGCUGCCGCCGACUGUCAGAUUUCCUGAUUCUGCAGCUCCUGCUACUGAGGCUUUAAAGAGAGAAAGCACUGAGGAGCCCCAGAUGGACAUAGAUCUGCCCUGCACACCUCCACUGCCUAUGACCGCCUCACCAAGAAGUGCACGCACGGGGCCUAUCAAGACUGGUGGCCGGGUCUUUGUGUUGGACCACAAUCGGUGGCCUGGCCCAAUGAGGGUGGCUAUUGAUGGUCUGCUUGCCAGGCAUCAUGGACAGAAGGACAUGCUGAAACUGGUGGACUUUGACUAUGCUUCCAUGGUGCAAAGUUCAUGUGCAGACCCCAACAGCCUGCUUCACCCAACCACCAAACACCACAUUGGAAGGUAUAUUAAACACCUGGCCAAAUUAAAAAACACCAGUUCCUCCCUUAACACCAGUCCUGAAAAGCUCUUGGAGACCCAACAACUGUGGCAGCACUUAACCAUGGGAAGUGACACAACCUGUGUCCCUGUAACAGCACUCCCACCUGCAGUUGUGAACCCACCCGCACUGCCCACACAAAAUGCUCCUCUUACUGAAGCUGCCAUAGAGAAAAUUGUUUUGGGACUGAUGGAAAAGCAGCAACAGUCAGAGCAACAACAGCAGCAAAAGAAAAAAAUGACAAAAACCUGCCUUUCAUGUGGCCAACCCAAGUCCCGUUACAUGAAUGAUGGCUCCUCAAUUCAUUAUUUUUAUCAGAGUGGGCAUGUUAGGUACUUCUACUGCUCCACAAAAGUAUUUAAAACAUAUGGAGCAGAGGGCCUCACAAACCCCAAAAUGUCUUUUGAGGAUUUCAUGUCAACACCCUUCUUUCAACAAGAACUUGAAUCCAUAAAACAGAAAGUGGAACAACAGAAGGACAAACAAAAGAGGAAGUCAGCAGAUGUGGUACCCUCUGGCCGUUUGUGCAGGUUCUGCCAUUUGGAACUAAAACAGGGCCCUAAUAGUCCUCACAUUCACACAGGGUUCCCCGGAGUGGCAGGGAAAUAUAUUUAUUGUCCUGCCAAGGUGUUCUCCCUCUACCAGGCCAAGGGUAUGGAGAAAGAAAUGACCUGGAAGGAGUUCCAGGCAUCUGCUUUUUAUCAGGAUGAAAAGAAAAGAUGGAUGGAUGAAAAGAGGAAAUGUUGAUUUACACACACACACGCAUCCACACACACACACA